AUGAUUAAUUUCCAAAAGGGAGUUUAGGAAUCUCACUUGAAAUCCACUAUAGAAUAUCGCAUCUACCGACAAUUUCAAGCCGUCUCAAAAUCUCGAGGAAUUCGACAGACUCAAUCCUAAUGUCAGAAUAAAGUUGCAAUCAAUGACAAUAAUUAUAUCAAACCAAAACGAUCAAUCUAAUAUAAUUCAAUACAAACAGAUUCAACAGCCUUUGAAAGUUUGGAAGCAGAUUAUAGAAGAUAGAGUACGGAACCAAGGAACUAUUAAAAAAGGAGAAGUCGAAUUAUAUCAACUAAAAUAUAAAGCUAAUUAGACUUAUAUUAGUCAUGCUAAAUGGAUCCUCUGGAAUCAGAAUAAAUUCCUAUUGGGAAUUUUCAAAUUUAACAGCAAUAACAUUCUGAACCACCAAAAAAUUGUUUUAUCAAUAAAGAAAAUUAUUAAGGACGUCGAACCAAAUUGCCUACUUUGAAAAAGCAUCAACUAUGUAAUUUAAAAUUAUUAUCGUAAGAAUUUGAAAAAAAUGAAGGAAAGAUCAGUGGAUCCCAUGUAGUUAAAUUUGGAGACUCUUUUGUGACACCUUUUUUUGGGACCAAAAAACCUAUAUCCUUAGAUAAGAGACCAUAUGAGUUCCAAGGAGUGGUAUACAAAAGGAAGAGAUGA